GCCUCGUUGCGAGGAUCGGCAGCUGUAUAUAUUAAUAGGUUCGAAAAAGCGAUAUCGCGCUCGCUCGAUGGCGAUAGUUAUUUAUAGAACGUUCUCAAAAUAUCGUCGGGGUUCAAACUUAUCGAACGAAUCACCCAAAAUAUCGUAACCUGCGGCGCGGCAGCACCGGCCCGCAACGGGGAAUUGGGAAAAAAACAAAUAAAUAAUGCAACGUGCAUCUCCGUUGGCAAGAUUCUCACGCGAUAUAAUUAUUUGGGCGAGGAGUUGCUCGAUUGAUAGCCGUCCAUGUGAUUCGCGAACGAUAAACUCCUGGACGCGAAGCGAUCCAUGUUGACGCAGGACCCGCCGCGUUAUCCUCUCGACCGCUGGUCACUUUCGCCGUUUUCGGACGCGCGUCCCGUUGGGAAACGCAUUGUUGCGAAUACAUUUGAAAUAUUCGCGCUCUCUUUCGAAGAUGACACCGUCAUCUGCCGGGAAAUUGUUGGUCGAAGACGAGCGAGGUGGAAAAAGAACGUGUUUCUGAUGGAACCAGAGGUUGAUUGGCGAACGAUGUUAUUUCAAUUCGCGUGCGAAAUUUCGCCGCAGAAGCUUGAUGGUAAAAAGGUUGUUACCGAAAAGCGGAUAAACGCGUUUGUGCGAUGAUUCCAAAUUUCCAAUAUUUCUAGAGAUUCGGAAUUGUGGUACGGUAAAAUCGCCGAGUUGUUAUUCGAGAUUAUCGGGAAGAAGCUGCUGUCAUUCAAUUCUCUCGUCUGAAUAAUACACCGUCGAUGACAACCUCUGAGUUCUUUUAAGAUGCUGAUGGACAAGGCUUGCGCUUGGCCAGCGGUCGUUUCCUACCGCUUUGCCAGCUACCGGUCUGUCUGCAGCAGUUCUCUGGUCUUCUAAAUUGACAAGUAAAACCCAAGUUCAUCUUGCAAUUACACAACACAUCUCCACCUUGAUUCGCUCAAACGACCUACAGAUUGGAAGAGAAUGAAGCAUGAACUCCUGCAGCGGUGGAGAUAUUCACUAGUACCUGAUGUCGAGCUGGCAGCUUUGGCUUUCGGAUAUCCUGACUACCAGAGCUGCUGACCUUCUAUCAAAAUUCAAAAUUUCAAGGCCGCAGGAUUAUGCCCUCCCUCCCAUGUCCUAGGCACGAGCCUCUAAUUGGUUCAAAGUCUGGUAAAUCAUCAUCAAACAUGAUAGGUACGACGGUCAACAUUGUCACCGAAUCGUGUCCAGCAACUCCAACUUUGUCUUUGGUCUCUGAUCACCCUGGCACUCAGAGUACGACUUCUACAAGUGUCGCUGCUUCGGAUAAAUCUGAACUCCUCAAUAAAAGUCAGCGGAAUAGGGCCCAUUCAAAAAUAAAACUACUAGUCAGAAGUCACGCGAUGAGAGAGUCGACUUCACCUCCUAGAGAACCUAAUGGCCUGCAGUCUACGGAUUCUGAAAAAAUUUCCAACACCAACUCCUCGUCAAACAACGGGAGACCGAAACAGCUCAAUAAUAACGAACCGAUACUGGACAGUAAUGUGGCUACAAUGCCUUGUGAUUCCGCCAAAAAAACAAACGAUUCGCUCGAUAGCCAAACAUGCACACAUGUUACGCCGAAUGGUAAACCCGCAUCCGAAGAACCUCUUUCCCCAAAGACCACUAGCCAGCCAGUUGUCGAAGAGUGUAAAACGAGCCCAAAAAAUGUCAGUGAAAGUGGAAACUGCAGUAGCUGUCGAAGCGCAUCUCCAAGCUUAGUGCAACCUCCGAUCUUGCCAACUUUGCCUCCGCCUAACUCUAGCCACGUUCUGCAACACUCGCCAAGAAGUACAAACUUGGCGCAACAAAUCAACAAUAAUGAGAGAAACAAGGGUGAAAAUAGAAAAAACAACUCUUCGUCAACAGCAUUAACUUCCUCUUCGUCGACCGCGUUUGUCUGCAAUGUUCCUUGCUCCAAUCAGUGCGGUAAUAAUAACAAUAACAACAACAAUAACAACACGCUUUCCGUCAGCAGGCCCGGAUCCAGACACAAACUCAGACAUCGUAACAUCUCGCAAGGUAGUUUCGACGGAAAUUCGCCGAGUAUUUCGCGAGACAGUAGUACGGAACUCUACACGGACAGCACAGGAAUCGAUCUUGAACAGUUCAUAGGUGAUACGUUGAACCGCAAUCAGAAGGACCGCACCGUUUUAUUGCGCAUAGAGCGCGAGCUCGUCGAUUUCGCAAGGGACAGGCAGAGGGUCUGUCACAAGUUUCCGAAUAUGUCGUCCUACAAUCGCAUGCUGGUACAUCGAGUAGCCGCGUAUUUCGGUAUGGAACACAACGUGGACCAGACGGGUCUUUGCGUCGUAGUUACCAGGACAAAAAACACGAGGAUUCCGGACACUAGAUUCAAGGAGAGCAUCAGAGACGACAUUGUGCUAACAGAGGAACCAAAACGGAGCAUCUUGAAGAGGGACUCCAACUCUUUCGAGGACAAUUUCAACUUCAAAUCCCCGGACAGAUUCAUCUCUGAUUACUGCAGGCGCAGCAAAAGCUUCGAAGAACGUGAGGAGGAAUACGAAAGAGCGAGGCGCAGGAUAUUCAAGGACAGCAGUGGCGACAGUGCCGAGGCCACAUCCUGGCCCUGGUCGUCUGCGGAGAGUUCCGAAGGACCGACCAAGCCCAGGAUCCAACAUACCCUCAGUGCAGACCACGGGCACAGGCCACCGAUGCUGCUGAAGGUAGAUUCUUUCCACGAAAGUAAUUCACUAAGAAGACCGUCCGUCCCAAAGUCUUACAGUUUUGGUGGCUAUGCCGCAGGCGGCAUGCUGUCCAGGGACAACAGCAUCACUUCUACGCGCAGCGCGGGCGCUCGCCUAACGAAACAAGAUUCAGGAACGAGUACCUGUUCGCGUCUGAGUCCGUCCAGCAGUGGUUACAAAUCUCAGAGUCAGCGUAGCGACGCUACGAUAUCCCCGUCUCCGUCACCCUCCCCGGUGAUGCCCGCGGGCAGAUGCAGCUCACGAGUUUCCGGCCGUGAACUGGUGUCCUCGAGCCCGGAGGAAAACGGACAGACGGUCAUGUGGGCUGUGACGAACAUAUCGAGCGUCCCCGUUGGCAGCAUGAUAAUAGAUCCCCGUACGAAUACGCCGUACAAAAACACCGACGGAUCUAUAUACAGAUUUGACCCGGAAAAUCCGCCCAAAAAUGUGCCCGACGAGGAGAGUAAGGAGGAGAGAAUAUCGGAGGUAACGACGGAGGAGCCCGUAACCAGGAGAAAUUUCACUCCUCAAAAGGGUGGCGAGCACAAGAGGCGCUCGAGGUACGAGAAGAACAAUCAGGAGACGGCGAUCUUCACGAAUUCAUCCACCUCACCGAGCCUCCCUUUUGAGAAUCCUUCCCAAUCUACGCCCAAUACGUUUCCGAACGCUUUGCAACAACAGCAACAAAGAAAUAACGUCGGGCAACAACAGCAACAACAAUCUCUAGUCAAAAACUGUGCUAAUCACGCUUAUAACUCAGGGUCAGUCGUACCUCAGGCUCAGUACACGAGCUACGUUUCCCAGAAUUCUCAAGUUGGUAAUCAGGGAGUUUAUUUAAUGCACGCGAGGCCACCAUCUGCUAUCGCGAUAUCGCCCUACCAAACUUCUAAUCAACACAAAGUCGAAGCUAUGACUCCGCAGGCCACCGAGCGAGGGGAUAUGCUAUGUUGUAAUCAAAAUCCCAUGAUUGCCAGCUACCAGAUGACAGGGGUGCAGCCUGGUCCGCCCCAAGGCUUCGAGGAGGUCGCUGACUUGUCGGGGUCCUUCGUGGGCAUGAAUUUCUACGACCAAAGGGGAGCUGGGGAUGGUCAGGCCAUCGCUGUUGCUGCGCAACCUUAUCACCACUCCCCACAAAAUUCAAAUCAUGCUGUGCACCGCGUGCAGCCAGCCUCCUCUGCCUAUUGGCAGCCGCAUCCUAGUCAGAUCCCGGUACAACAAACCAUGUACUUCGUUCCCCCAUCGCCCGGAGCAACAGGGAUCCCGAACAGUCCAAAUCCUGUCGACGCUAGGCAACAACUCCAGAGAUUCACAGCCGCCUAUCCGUACAAUCACCCUGGCGGUGUGACACCGGCCAAUCAACCAGCUGCCAGCUACAUGGGCAGCUAUCCGGCACAAACGAUACCUCCUAUGCCAGCGAUACCUGCCAUGCAAUCACCUCAGGGUGAGUUUGCCUACCAAGCAGCAGCCCACGUCAUUCCGGCCUAUUAUAACACAGGACAAUCCAGCAUGCAGCCUGCUCCGGUUAUGUACGGAGUCCCGACCCCGCCGCACACGCCUACGAACAGUCAUAUGCCCGGAGUUUCUCCUGUGAUGUACGUAAAUUCGAACGGUUACGGCUCGUCAGCGUUGAUAGCUGGGGGGACGUUCGGGCACCAAGUUGGCGCCGGAGGAGGGCAGCCAACUUCGUCCUACAUCGGUACAGCCCUUAUGCCAAACGUGAUGUUGCGGCAGGCCGUACCCGCGAUAACUGGGAUGAGAGCUACCACCCCGUCUGGUCUGCGGAGAACGAGCAGGUCGCCCGAUCCCAACCACGAGAUGUUUGGUCCCGGAGGGAGAGACAGGAACCAGCAGCCACAGUAUCAGCUGCCCAUGUGUCAAGGUGUCCACAUAGUUCAAGGUGUCCCUGGCAACGCUAGGCUACAGUAUGCACCUGCCCCAGCUCCGUCGCCUCUGUCAUCGGUGACACAAAGUGGGCCACGACCUUAUAGACCGCCAUCUCAUACUGCUGUAAGCAGUUCUUUUGACGGAGGGCGUAAUUCGAUCGAAUAUAGAAAUCAGAAGCUGCGUAAGCACAGGUAGUAAAUCUGUGACGUGCACGUGUAAAUAUAGGUGAGUCAGGGCAUACUGAAUUCGAAAAUUUCUAUUUCCAAGAUUCAUUUUAUUCAAUCGUAUAUUGUUUGUCUGCAUAUUCAAAAACUUUGCGGAAAAGAACGGGACAAAGAACAGAAAAGAAAAAUCUCAUUGAAUCGAGGUCAAGAAAUACGUUUAAACUCAAUGAAUAAAAACGGGGAAAAUAAUCUUCGCGACUGUUGACGUGUUUCGUCAAAUACUGCACAAUAAGAAAAGGAGUGAAAAUUAAAAAAAAAAAAAACCGUAAUUACCGAUGAUCGAAAAUAAGAGUAACACGAGGAAGAUAAAAACGUUAACGUUAUCAGGUACGGGGUGAGAAAUUUUAUUGAAAAAAAAAAUAAAAAUACGAAAGGACUAUAAAUAUUUUGUAGGAUAGACCAUCGCGCGCAUGAACGAAAAAAAAAAACGUCAAAAAAUAUUUGAAAAAAAAAAUAAAAAAGAAUGAACAAUAUAUUAUAAUGA